UUUCAAUUGAAACGAAGACGUUGGUGAAAUUAUAAAAACUGUACUUAAACAAAGUAAGUGUCAUUUUCAAGUAGUUUUAUAAUUGUUUGUGGAGUGAAGAGGACAGCCCCAAUAGGAUAAUUACAAAAAAAAGUCAGCAAAAUGACGGUCGUCGAAGACAUCCAGCCGUAUCAACUGAAUGUUACGAGGCUGAUCUUUUACCCACUGGUCCUGCUCGCCACUGGCCUGUGGCUGUUCUACAGAUGGCAGCAACAGUCUAAGAUAUUUAGAUUGGGGAACAAAAUUCCUGGCCCUCUCGCUCUACCGAUUCUUGGCAAUGCACUCUUGGUGUGGGGAAAAAGACCUGAUCAACUGAUUCGGGUCGCCCUAGAAUACUCAAACUAUUAUGGAAAUGUGGUCCGAGCGUGGAUAGGAUCCAAACUACUCAUUUUCCUAACGGACCCCAAUGAUGUGGAAGUCAUCCUUAACAGUCAAGUUCAUAUUGAUAAGUCCACUGAAUACAGAUUCUUUAAGCCCUGGCUUGGCGACGGUCUACUUAUUAGUUCAGGCGAGAAAUGGCGUUCCCACCGCAAAAUGAUUGCUCCAACAUUCCACAUCAACAUCCUCAAGUCUUUCGUGAACGUGUUCAACCAGAACAGCAGGAAUGUCGUUGAUAAGAUGAAGGGAGAAGUCGGCAAAGUAUUCGAUGUCCACGACUACAUGAGUGGAGUCACCGUUGAUAUUCUCCUGGAAACUGCAAUGGGUAUUACAAAAGAAACUCAGGAUGAAUCAGGAUUUGAUUACGCUAUGGCUGUAAUGAAAAUGUGCGACAUUAUUCACCAAAGGCACUACAAAAUCUGGUUGCGUUUUGACGCCAUUUUCAAAUUCACUGCCUUCUUUGAGAAGCAGAAGAAACUUUUGGGCAUCAUUCACGGUUUAACGAACAAGGUAAUCAAAAAUAAGAAGGAGAAAUACCUACAAAACAAAGCAAAAGGAAUUAUCCCACCUACACUUGAAGAGUUGUCAAAGGAUGAUGAAACCGUUCUAGCUAAUGAUGUGAAGACUCUAGCAGACACAGUCUUCAAAGGUUACCGAGAUGACUUGGACUUCAAUGAUGAAAAUGAUGUCGGUUCGAAGAAACGUCUAGCUUUCUUGGAUCUCAUGCUAGAGUCAGCUCAGAACGGAACAAACCAGAUCACCGAUCAUGAAAUCAAAGAGGAAGUAGAUACUAUUAUGUUUGAGGGUCACGAUACAACUGCAGCUGGAUCCAGCUUUGUCCUGUGUCUGCUUGGCAUUCACCAGGAAAUCCAGGCCAGAGUGUACGAUGAGAUCUACUCUAUUUUCGGAGACUCAGACCGCCCCGCCACCUUCGAGGAUACUCUCCAGAUGAAGUAUCUGGAGAGAGUCAUCUUUGAAUCAUUGAGGAUGUACCCACCAGUACCGGUGAUUGCUAGAAAGUUAAACCACGAUGUUAAGAUCCCAACCAACAACUACGUCCUCCCAGCGGGCGCGACUGUCGUCAUCGGCACCUACAAAAUACAUAGGAAUCCUAAAUUCUACAAGAAUCCUUCCGUGUUCGAUCCUGAUAACUUCCUGCCAGAGAACACUUCGAAUAGACAUUACUACAGCUACAUUCCAUUCAGCGCUGGGCCCAGGAGUUGUGUAGGUCGCAAAUACGCCAUCUUGAAACUGAAGAUUCUGCUCUCGACAGUCUUGCGAAACUACAAAAUGGUGUCAAACAUCACUGAAGAUCAAUUCGUCCUCCAAGCAGACAUCAUUCUGAAGAGAACCGAUGGAUUCAGGGUUCAAAUCGAACCCAGACAGAGAGUCCCGUCCUCGGCCUAAAUUACCUACCUUUAAAAUGUGGUCCAAAGCUCACAACUAAAAUAUGUGACGGAGAAGACUUUGAAU